AAAGCGGAUACUCAAUCGUCUCCUAGCCUGCUGUCAACCACGCAAGCCGAACAACCAACAGUCCUGUGACAAGACAGCUGUUGUCAUGUCAUCAGUUGUCUACCAUCACAGGGAUGGACCCUGAGAGAUCGUCCGGGUUUCUUCUACAUAUGUGCGCAUUCAAUCGCCAUCAAGGUUUUGCUGACGCCCUGUCGGCGAUGUAAUGCACCUCCUACCGCGUAGCCCCUUUAGCACGAGGCGCUCUUGCAGGGUCAAGAUUAUUAUUGGUCUUAUAAUCACUAAGCCCAACGUUUGCUGGUGCAUAGCGUUUUACUCCCAUUUACUUUCAUGUCAAUAAAGUCCGCAAUCCAUAAUACGUUCACGACGAACAAGAAAGAAGAUGAUGUGAAAGAGCUAGGACGCAUGCCAUCAUCUAAUUCCCAAACCGCUUGUUCAGAAUUAGGCCCUCCGGAUGGCGGGUUUCGGGCAUGGGGGACUGUUUUUGGAUGUUUCCUCAUGCAAUUUUGUGGUUUUGGAUACAUAUCGUCUUUUGGAGUUUAUCAAGAUUAUUACACACGAAUUUAUCUGACCAAUUAUUCACCAUCUGCAAUAUCAUGGAUUGGUGCAUUGACCUCGUUCCUCGCAGUCAAUGUCACGUUGAUCUCAGGUCCGCUGUACGAUCGAGGGUGGUUCUAUCGAUUGAUGAUUGUGGGGUCGCUGCUCCAAUCAGUGUCCUUGUUCGCUUUAUCCUUCACAAAGCCUGGUCAGUUUUACUUGGCUUUUAUAUUUCAGGGUGUCAUUUCUGGGUUUGGGAUGGGCCUGACGUACGCUCCCAGUAUCGCGGUCGUCUCUCAGCACUUCAUCAGAAGACGCACGUUGGCAAUGUCUCUCGUCACAUCCGGUACACCACUUGGUUCCAUGAUUCAUCCGAUCAUGCUCAAUCACCUUUUGAAUGGUACUGUGGGCUUUGCGAGAGGCAUUCACGCCAGUGCGGGUUUUGUCAGUGCUCUAUUAUUGAUCGCCUGUUUAUUCAUGCGUACAAGAGAACUGCCGGUACCGACUGCCAGUUAUAUGGUAGUGGCGCGAAAAUGCUCUCGCGAGGUUCUCUUCAUCCUCAUGACCGUUGGGUCAACACUAUUUCAGAUCGGGUUUUACUUCCCCCUGUUUUACUUGCAACUAGACUCUACCAAACAUGGUAUUGACACCAAAUUCUCGUUCUACUCCCUUGUGAUAAUGAAUGCAGCCUGUUUUGUCGGACGCUGCAUGACAGGAAUGGUUGCGGGGUAUACGGGGGUGUUGAACCUUACGAUCGCAUCCACCGUCGCAUGCAGUGCUAUCAUAAUAUCCAUGAUAGCUCUGACUGACGUGGCCAGUGUGGUUGUGUUAGGACUUGCGUACGGCUACGUCUCUUGUGUUUAUAUCGCGCUGAUAGUCCCAUUGGUGACUGAGCUCACACCCAAUUUGUCUGAGCUGGGUGCGCGAAUGGGCAUAUGUUUUACCUUUACUGCUUUUAGUGGAUUACUCAGCGGCCCAAUAUCAGGCGCUUUGCUUGGUUCUCAAUAUAGGUGGUGGAUACCGUCGCUCUUCAAUGGGCUCAUCUCCCUCGUCGGAAGUUCGAUGUUCGUGGCGAUGCGCUUGGUGAUAUACCGCCAGAAUAAACGGAAACCAUCCGUAGCUGACGGGGACACGUGAACCAGUUGUUCCGUUGGAUUCUGUCGAGGCCAUUAUUCACUCGUGCUGGAUUAGAUGUGACUUCUUGGAAAUAUGUGUAUGAAAUGUUCGUGUAUUGAACGCGUGUGCAG